AGUUUAGUUUUUACACACUCUUUAUCAUCACAUCGCUGCUUGGUUGCGUAUUCGAGAAAGAGGUACAUCUUCAAGAAUAGGAAGGCAAUAUCAAGAAUACGUUAUCUACGUCAUUUUUUACGGAACUUAGAAGGAGUGGACCAACCAUUUCAGCCUCACAGUUUCGAUUAGACAAUCCGGUUUAGGACGAAGAAUUAUUCGACAUCUUGGAUAAUAUCACGAUAGAAGGACGCAUCGAUAACAAAUAAUCAUUACAAGAUGGGUUUCCGAUCAGCUCUCACUACCUCGCUAUUGCUUGCGAGCAAUGUUGCCGCAGUAGACCCCAUUGUUAUGAAGGGGUCUAAAUUCUUCACCAAGAGCGGUGACCAGUUCUUCAUCAAAGGUGUUGCUUACCAGCAGGAAGCCGGCGGUGGUCCUGGUGGUAGCAGCAGCAACAGCAACAAGUAUGUGGACCCAUUGUCAGACGCAACCAUCUGCAAGCGUGACGUUCCACUACUUGAGAAGUUGGGUGUCAACACCAUUCGAACCUACGCCAUCGACCCUAAGGCGGACCAUAGUGAAUGUAUGUCGAUGUUAGACAAGGCUGGCAUCUACGUUGUUGCCGAUUUGGGCGAGCCGGCUCUAUCCAUCAACCGUGAUUCUCCGGCCUGGAACACCAAGUUGUUCGACCGCUACAAGGGUGUUGUCGACAACCUCGGCAAGUACGACAAUGUCAUCGGCUUUUUCGCUGGUAACGAGGUCACUAAUAACAACACCAACACUGGUGCGUCGGCUUUCGUCAAGGCUGCUACGCGAGACGUAAAGAAGUACAUAUCUGACAAGAUCGGUAACGGUGGCAGAUGGAUGGGUGUCGGUUACGCAGCGAAUGAUGAUGCUGAAAUUCGUGCCAACAUGGCUCAGUACUUCAACUGUGGUGAGCAAGAACAAGCCAUCGACUUCUGGGGAUACAACAUCUACUCUUGGUGUGGCAAGAGCAGUUUCACCGAGUCUGGUUACGACGUCCAGGUCAAGUUCUUCUCGAACUUCUCCGUUCCCGUUUUCUUCGCCGAGUACGGUUGCAACAGUGCUGGUGCCGAUGGCCGUCUCUGGGAUGAGACUACUGCUCUCUACUCCAACCAGAUGUCGGGUGUCUUCAGCGGUGGUAUUGCAUACAUGUUCCACGAGGAAGAGAACGACUACGGUCUGGUCAAGGUUAGCGGUAACUCGGCAACCCCGAUGAAGAACUUCAAGGUUCUCGAGUCGAAGCUCGCUGAUGUCAAGCCUUCCUCGACUUCUAUGGCCGCUUACAACCCCACCAACUCACCUGCCGCCUGCCCAGCUAUCUCCAACAACUGGAAGGCUUCUGAGGUUCUUCCUCCCACCCCCGACAACUCCCUCUGCGACUGCAUGUACAACUCGCUUUCUUGCGUCCCCGCCGACGAUCUUGCCGAGAAAGACUUCGGUGAUAUCUUCGGCUACGUCUGCUCACACGACGCCUCCGCUUGCGCUGGUAUUAAGCAGGACCCCAAGACUGGUGUUUUCGGCCCGUACAGCAUGUGCAGCCCUAAGCAGCAGCUUGCUCACGUACUCAACACAUACUACACCAACCAGCACAGCUCUAGCGACGCUUGCUCCUUCGAUGGUGCUGCCAAGGUCGUUUCUAGCCCAAGCUCUGACUCUUCUUGCAAGUCAUCCCUGGCCAAGGCCAACUCUGCCGUCGCGGUUGCUGCCACUGCUACCGCUGGCUCCGCUAGCACCGCUUCCACUGGUGAGACAAGCGAGUCUAGCGAGAACGCUGCCGCUCCCGCAUCAGUCCGUAUGACCCCCUUCGUGACUAUGGGCGACAUGGCUGUCAGCCUGUACGUGUUGGUUGCUAUGGGAGCUGGUGCCGGUAUGGUGUUGUUGUAAAUGGAUUUUGAAGAUGUAGUCAAGUGUUUCCUACCAAUCGGAAAUGUUUUCACAAUCUUGUUGGUACACUUUGACC